AUGAAUCUGCUGCCAAGAUCUGAUAAUGACGGUAUAGUGCCCUCGCCACUGCCUGAAGCAGCAGGCUAUGUGGUUGUCGUCGCAGUUGGUCUCGCGUUUGCUGUCGGAAUGAUUGGAAUAACGCGUCUACUAAAGAAAACUCUCAACGAAGAUAACUCAAAUGUUGAAACAUUCAUGGUAGCCAACAGAUCAGUAGGGACGGGCCUUGUUGCCUCUGCAGUAGUAUCUUCGUGGCUAUGGAGCACAGCCUUACUCAGCUGCGUGCUUGUGACAUAUCUUUAUGGGAUAUCUGGAGGAUUCUGGUAUGGGGCAGGCUGCUCACCAAUGAUAGUUUUCUUCGCUUAUCUUGGGGUUGUCUGCAAAAAGCGUAUACCACAAGCACAUACAGUCCUUGAAAUCGUCCGAAUUAGAUACGGCACUGUUGCACAUCUUAUUUUCACGUUUUUGGCGAUUAUCAACAAUCUUUUCAACACGAUUAACAUGAUCUUGGGUGCUGCGGCCGUGAUUACAUUUCUGACAGGCAUUCAUAUAAUGGCGUCUACUUUCCUUUUGCCCGUCGGAGUGGUGCUGUAUACACUUGUUGGUGGCAUAAAAGCAACGUUUCUAACGGACUAUAUACACACAUUUGUCAUUGCCAUUUUUUGCUCUUAUUUGACAACAAAAACGCUCCUCCAUCACGAUGUCGGCUCUAUUGACGGAUUGUAUGAUCUUGUGGCCAAAGCGCAACCUUCACACGAAGUUGAUGGAAACUACCAAGGAUCACUUCUUACAAUGAGCUCCCAACAAGGAAUCUUCUUCGCUAUAAUUCUACUUGUAUCAAAUUUCGGUGCCGUUAUCAUGGAUACGAGCUAUUUCAUCAAAGCGUUUGCCGCAUCGCCAAAAGCUGUUGUUCCGGGCUAUGUAGUAGGUGGUUUUGCCUACUUUUCCAUUCCUUGGAGCCUUGGUACCAUCAUGGGCCUUGCAGCUUUGGGAUUGGAGAGCUCUCCGAUAUUUCCUACAUAUCCUCGUCCAAUGAAUGACUUAGAAGUCACAAAUGGCCUGGUACUUCCUUACAUAGCUGUGGCAGUGGCAGGAAAGGGCGGUGCUGUGGCAGUCCUACUUAUGACUUUCAUGGCAAUAACUUCAACCCUGUCUGCCCAAGUUAUUGCCGUAUCAUCUAUCUUUACUUUUGACUUUUACAGGACAUAUAUCAACAAAAAUGCAGGGAACAAAGAUGUCAUCAGGUGGAGCCACCUGGGUGUCGUUCUUUUUGCCGCCAUCUCUGCUAGUCUUACUGCGGCGUUCAACUACGGCGGCAUCAAUAUGGGCUGGACUCUAUAUAUGAUUGGAGUCGUAACAUGCCCAGGUAUUUUCCCCUUGGUUUUGACCAUUCUAUGGAACAAACAAAGCGGCUUAGCAGCUGUUGUUUCAGCGGUAACUGGUUUGGCCACCGGUCUUGGCGUCUGGUUGGGUACAGCGCAAGCUUUAUUCGGUAAAGUAUCCGUUGAUUCGACUGGGCAAAUACUUCCCUGCCUUUAUGGAACUGUCGCAUCUGCUCUGAGUCCUUUGCUCUAUACAGUUAUCCUGUCAUUCAUUUGGCCGGAUAACUAUGAUUGGACGCGAUUUCGGGAAGAAAAACUGCUGCUAGAUAGCGAUACCCAAACCGAAGAGUCGGAUAGAAAAGAGCACGCCCGACAAGGCAGCAAAGGGGGUGUUCUCAGCAGUGCUUCUGAGGUCGUAUACGACAAAACAGAUCUGAGGUGGAAACGAUAUGCACUGUUCUGGUCGCUUUUCUCAUUCUUUGGUCUUUGGGUUCUCUGGCCGCUGCCAAUGUAUGGAGCGGAAUAUAUCUUUAGUAAAACUUUCUUCAGGUCGUGGAUUGUGGUGUCGCUUAUAUGGCUAUGGACAAGUCUACUCAUACUGGGUUUGUAUCCGUUGUGGGAUGGUAGGAAACAAAUUUUAAUAGUAUUAAAAAGCCUCCGAGGUUAA